CUCUUCCUAGAUCGAUUCUACUUCGAUUUCCAACAUGAAGUUGCUUAUCUUGUGCGCCGUACUCGCCGCAGCUCAAGCUGUACCAAUUCUGCACCACCUUGGUACUGGUGUAAGCUCCCAAGUCCGCACCCAAGACGUUUUGGGCAACUAUCAUUUUGGUUACAACGAAGGGCACGGAACUGGAGCAACAUUCCGUCGCGAAAGCGGUGAUCUUGCCGGAAACAAAGUUGGAGCCUAUGGUCUUUCCGUUGCUGAUGGUAGACACCGUGUUGUAAACUACGUUGCUGAUGCUGCAGGUUUCCGUGCUGAUAUCCAGACUAACGAACCAGGUGUUGAUUCUAGCAAAGACCCCGCAUCCGUUAGCGUAAACAAGAUCAUACCAGCUGUUGUACCCGCUGUGCACGCUUACUUGCCUUUUGCACCCCUGGGUUAUCAUUACGUUUACUAAAUGGCUGUAGAA